UUUAUUGAGAUGAUCUUGAAGCCCAUAAACAGCAGAUAUGACAUUUUGACUCUUGAUUGUGGCGAUUGACUUGAUUGUUUCAUCAGUUUAAUUUUCACCUUCACACGGGCAAGAUGUUGCCCAAAGAAACAAAAGAUUGUUAUAAUAAUGCUAAAUCAUGCCCAUUAUUAACACCUUUUUCAUCCUCUUCGUCCACCAAAUGUUCAAUCAAAUCAAAAAGGAAAUACCAUGAUUUUACUAACUAUUCACUAAUUGUUAUCUCUUUGAUUUUACUGUCAACCCUUGACACUGUUUCCAGUUUAACAUGUGAAGUUAAUCAAUAUCUUUGUGCUGAUGGAAACCAAUGUAUUAUUGAAACCUAUCUUUGUGAUAAUGACAAGGAUUGCGAGGAUGGAUCAGACGAGACACGAUGUUCACCUCCGAGUCUCGUUGAUGCCGAUUUCGGUGAUCGAUUCCUGAGAGAAGGUGAAGAUUUAUCGUUAUCUUGUCAAGCUGUUGGAUUUCCAACUCCACUUAUUCGUUGGAAAUUUAAUGAUCAUAUUAUCACUUCACAUAAUUCACGUUAUCGUAAUACAAGUAUCAAUGGUCAUGGUAAACUAUCCAUUACUGGAGUCCGUAAAGAAGAUGAAGGAACCUAUGAAUGUGUCGCUGAAAAUGCCAACAAUUAUAUUUCUUCAAAUUCAGUUGUUAAAUUGCGAGUUAGAACAGAAAGAGAAAGAUUCCAUGAAAGCAAAAGGGUCAAAGAUCAUUCACAAUACAGAGAUCCAUUAACCAGAUCAGCUCCAUCUGAAGAUGCCGUUUUACUUCGACAAAUUACUAAUAACUACAGUGCUCCAUUGGUUGCGUCGUUUUUACAUUCAAGAAUCCAGAAGACAAUUCAAAUGGUCAGAGACAUCAAGAAUUCGCUGAAUGAUUUAAGUCAAGAUCAACGAAGUUUCUUUAAUUUGAAAGUAAAAAGUCUUGAAGCGCUGGACAAACAACUAACUUCAUUGCAAAAAAUAAAUUAUUUUAACUUCGAUGGAACCGAACGAAUUCAGUAUUUAAUUGAACAAUACAUUAUGAAUAACGAAAUACUUCCAAUUGAGUCGGCACUCAAAGAGGUGAAAUUCAAUUCAACUCUAGACGAUUUGCUACAACAGGUCAAUGUUACGUCAAAUGAUAUUCUUAUCAAGUAUACAAAUGAUCUUAUAAAAGUUUUUCUUCAAGAUAUUGAAGAGAGGGAAGUAAAUAAAAAAUAUAAUGAACUUCAAAGAUUUGCUGCUUUCCUAACUAAACGUAAACUAGAGCCUUUGAUCAACCUUCAAUAUUGGCCAGCGGACCACCUGGGUCAUGAUGGACAGUUUAUCGGCACCAUUGAUAACCGUGGCUCUCAAAUUGAAUUUGUUUUGCAUCAGUUAAAAGACACUUUGGACCUUUUUUAUACUCAAUUUGAGAAUCUGGCGACUCAAAGGACACCAUCAUCUUCAUUGGAAUCAGUCACUUCCAAAGUCAAAGGUACAGCCUUAGUCACGAAUGACACUGAUAAUUACUUGAUGCCUUUGUCUAUUGAUUGAUAUCCAUUUAAUUUUCUUGUUAAAGUUUUGAAGCAAUGUAAAAUCAAUAAAUGAAAACUUAAUUGAAAAUCAA